CUCACUCUGCGUUCUCGUUCUCAUCACAGCCUUUCUCCUAACAUACCCACGCUCGUUUGAUAUAUACGCUCUUUUCUACGACCUCGACCUGCACCACGCAAUCUACGACUCCUUAACGCAACUCAUAACGCGCCCUGCUAUCAACGUAUCGACACAAAUCAGACCCUCAACCAAUACGAAAGUCGCCAUGCUCGCCAAACUCUUCCUCGCUCCUCUUUUUGCCCUCGCCGUCCAGGCCGUGACCGUUACCUCCCCUACGGAAGGACAGAACUGGGGGACCAGUGACGCACAGACCGUCUCCUGGGACGCCGUCUCGACCGACCCUACCAGUUUCUCAAUCGUGCUCGUCAACGACAACCGCUUGACGGCGGCUGAUGGACAGGUCACGUUGAUCGCCAACCAAUCGACCUCGGCUGGAUCGGUCAGCGUGUCUCCUCCUAGUGGAAGCUUUACCACUGGACAAGCCUACAGGAUCAGGUUGGUCCGGGAUAACGCCAUCCUCGCAUCUUCUGGGCAGUUCAACAUCACCUCGUCCGGAGCCGCCGGUUCGUCCGUCGCUACCACCGCCUCUGCCUCUGCUUCGGGCUCGAUGUCGAUGGGAGGCAUGAGCAGUGCGACUCGAUCGGUGCCGACCGCCAUGACUUCAGCCGGGGUCGUCUCUCAGUCCGUAUCGUCGGCUCCUUAUACUGGAAACAAUCAGAACACCGGGAUCCCUCCUGCCGCUAGUCAAAGCGCUGGGAAUGGAGCUGUCGUGACUGGGGUGAACAUGCUCGUACUCGGUGGAGCUGGGAUCGCCUUGGGAUACCUUGUCGGCGCCUAGUCUGAACCAGGUUGAAUGGCAGCCGUCUCUCGUCUAAAACAAAACUGGGCAGUGACGCUGUGAUUAACGAUUUGAUAUCGGACACUUUUUCUCGUAUUUCCUGCAUGCUUUCUACAAUGUAACGAACAACAACUCGCCACUGGCUAUUGAAUAAUGCUACUAUCAG